CUCCACCACAGACACUUUGUCAGUCAGCUCUCUGCACCGGAAAAACACACUUGUGGAAAAUACCUCGCGCAGCCACGUACACGCCUGAUUGUUUCCCUUUUAACGUCCAGACGCAAACUGCAAACUUGAGUUGACCAAGAAGUGUCCUGCGCUGCAACAUGAUCGUCCCAUCGUCUUGCACAGUUCUGUAACCAAUGGCUGCCUCUGUUCAGACUCUUCCUCUGUCCCGUGGGCCCAAAAAAACCUUCCGUAACCCCUUCUCAUCCCAGCCCGUCUCGUCCCGCUGUGGGAUGGGGAGUGUGGGCAGUUUGGUGGAGAGGCCAGACGUUCCUCCAGGUAAAUCCAAUCAUGCAGUGCCUCAGGUGAGACCCAAACCUUCCAAUGGGCUGCUGAAGAAGGGUUUGGGGCAAAGGGAACUCCUCAACUACCUCAAUAUCACUAGGAAAGACCCCAAAGCAACUCAAAGCGGUGACAACAAAAGGGGCCUCAUCUCCAGCCUCACGUCUCUCAGUGGUUGUGAUGAGGACACAUACAGUAAAGUCUACAGCAAAGACGGCACCGAAGUGGAUCUGACGAAGAACUCAUUACCAAGUGCAGGCAAAUACGAAAAGUCACAUUUUAGGACUUCAGCCUUCAAGCCUGUCACCCCGAAAAACUUCAGCUCGAUGCAAAAUCUGUACCCGUCGUCUAAGUUGGAGGAGGAGGAUCAUGGGAUUUCAAAUGGUCUUCACCGAGCCUUUGCGCACGUCCCAAAAGCGGUCUCCACAUCCUCCUCCUCUUCAUCGCCCUCUCGAUAUGGAGGCCCCACAGCAAACGUUAACCAGGCUGUCUCUGUCGUGCGUGGGACCAGUCAUGAAGAAGAUAACUUGUCUGACUCGGGUCAUAACUCCAUGAACAGUCUGCCUCCUUACCGACCUCCGUUCAGACCACAUCUGUCCAACAUCAGUGCAUCUAUGGGUCACAUCAACACCAUUGGGUCUUUGGACCGGGCCAGUCAGGCGCCAAAGAGCAUAGGCGCUGGCGGUGUGCCCAUCGGGGAGAUGGCGUGUCGGAGUAUGGCCACGCUCAGCCGCUUGACCCCCCACGGAGAGGCCCCACCGCCGUACGAGUGGAGCCUGUCGAUGUCUAUGGAGGAUGUAGUGCGAGAUUUGGAGGAGCGUCUUGUGGAGAAGGAACAGGAAAUCAAACAGAUGAAAAGAAAUCUGGAUGAGAGCGAAGGUGCUAUAGCUCAGGUAUUUGAAGGGAAACAACGUCUAUGGGAGAAAGAGGUCGGGGAGCUGAAGCGUCUCUAUGCAACCAAGUUACGCCAAGUUUCUCAACAAGCUCAGCGGUCCCAGCGCAGUCUGCAGUUACAGCUGUACAAAACUCAACAGGAAAAAGCCAGACUACAAGAGGAACUGGACAGCCUGAGAACAGAGAGGAGCCAAGACUCAGGGGUCAGGGCCAAAACAACCAGUCCCACUUUGGAAGAGACACAAUGGGAGGUCUGCCAAAAGUCGGGGGAAAUUUCUUUGUUGAAGCAGCAGCUGAAGGACUCACAGGCCGAGGUCACCCAAAAGCUCAGUGAGAUUUUCCACCUGAAGACGGAGCUGAGAGAGGCCCGCUCUGCGCUGAGUACCCGCGAGAGCCAGAUUCAAACUCUCAAAAUGGCGGCAGAUGGCACUCCCAGGCGAAGAUGCUUUUCUCAAACUGGGAGACAGGAAAGCACUGCACUUGACAGUUCAGGAGGGUCUGGGGGGCCCACAGAGGAGCGUCUGCGUGCAGAGCUGCUCCUGGAGAGACGCCAGAGCGAGGCCCAGGCCUUAGCUUUUGAAGAGGAGAGACAGACGUGGCAGGCAGAAAAGGACAAGGUCAUCCGCUAUCAAAAAGAGCUCCAGACCAGCUACUUAGACAUGUACCACAGGAACGAGGACCUGGAGAGGAAGAUGCAGCAGAUGAGAGCUUGUGUUGAACGGGACAGAGCCGACAGUGAAGGGGCGGGGCAAAGUCAGACAUUAGAGCACGAUGUAUCCCAGCAGAGGAGUGAGACAGCAGCAGCCAAUCAGACUGACAGAAGCAGCUCUGGGUUACCAUGGAUAGACCGAAUUGAGUCAUCUGAAAUUUGAAUGUGAUUGACAUAUUUGCAAUGUAAAUACCCUCUGGUAGGGUUUUCAUGUGAGGAACAAGCUGCUAGCAAUGUUGUUUAUUUAGUGUAAAUGCAACAAAUCACAUCACCAUAUCAAGACAACCAUCUGAAGAACGAUUGUUAAUUCUCACAGGGAUUAAAAGAAAACAAUAUUAUAAUCUAUGAAGUUAUUUACAAUUCCAUGUCUCAAUAUAAGAACAGAAACAUGAACCAAAAUGUGAUUAAACCACAGCUCUACAAAAUGUAAUCUAAAACUUGUCACUAGAUGUCACUGAAGCUGACUUUUUUAUGGUGGUACUGUUCAACAGUACUUAGGUUCACAAUUUUAUUGUUUAUUUCACUCUCCACCCCAUCAAAAAAUACACUACAACUCCCGAAAGAACUAUAGUAGACAAAUGCUUAAGCCAAAGGAACCGAACACUAUACUUUUUGUGAUAUAUUUAUUUAGACUGAAAUUAAUCCACUUUUAAGUGAAACUUCAAUCUCAGGUUUAUUUUGUGCCAAUGUACUAAUGCUAUUCCAUAAUGACUACUGUACCUGACUGAAACUUAAUACUGUAAAUGGAAGCCUUUUGUUGUGGUGACCUCUGACCUUUGGAGGCACAUGUUGUAAAUAUAAGCACACAGUUGACCAACUGCAGAAUAUGCUAAAUGGUUGCCAUGACAUGCCUCUAUCCUGUAAAUACAAUAUGAAGACCAUUGUGUUGUUAUUAAACCUUGUACGGUACAAAUAAUGUGUUUAUUUUGGAUUUCUGUAAUAAA